AUGUCAGAGGCCUCGCCAAGUCGGGCGAGUCAAGGGGAAAACCGUACAGAAGAGAACCGUCAAAUAGCGCUGUUGCAUAAAGCCUUUGUGGCCAAAGUCUAUAGCCUAACAUUGGGCCUCUUAGCAGUUACCCUUGUGCAAUGCCUGGUCUUCCGCUGGAUACGCAUCAAGCAGCCCCUGCCCAUUUUCAUAUGGGUGGUGUUCAUAUUAGUGGCUUUAUCUAUGCUCAACUGUUUUCCAAGGACUCGCUACACAUUUCCCGUCAACUGGCUGCUGCUGUUCGUCAUCAUCGAGUGCGCCACCAUGGCCAUGAUGUAUUUUAUUCAAAACAUGUCCACUAUGGAAUUCGGGCUUCUGCUGUUGGUCACUACAGUGCUAAUGGCCUUCCUGCACAUCUGUGGCGUCUUUGCACCGCGACCCUAUGUGCCCGAGGAGACGUGUUCGAUUUGCACCUCAUUUUUGAUGCUAGUCGUGGGUGCUGUGCUGUUUGUGAUUGUACUACUCACUGAUCACCCAAAUUUCCUCUUAUUGUUCUUCUUGCCCAUCAUAAUAAUGACCAUUAUAUUGGUGCCCUAUCACGCGGAGGCCAUGCACGGACGUUGGCAAAUAUUGCCAUUUCGGAGCGCCUUAAUAUAUUCCUUGGAAAUGCAUUUGGACUUUAUUGUGCUCUUUUUGGCCGGUUCUCUUGUUCUGCAAUAUGUUUUAAUGAAAUAA